GGUCGUGUACAGCUCGGUGGCUCCGCUUCCGGAUUUGCUUGCGGUUGCCAGGGGAGGCCUGGGCCGCGGCAUAGCAACGAGAGCGGAGAGACGCCGUGUGGAGUGAGAGAUCGAUGCGGUGUUCACGGGGCUCCGGUAUACAGUGAGUGCUGCAGCAUAAAGAAAAACAGGAAUGGCAGAUCCUGGAGAGAGCAAGAAGGAUGAGGCGGACUACAAGAGGAUGCACAGCUUUCCUUUAAUACGGCACACGGACAUGCCUGAAGAAAUGCGUGUAGAAACCAUGGAGCUUUGUGUUACAGCCUGUGAAAAGUUUGCAAGUAAUAACGAGAGUGCAGCAAAGAUGAUUAAAGAGACUAUGGACAAGAAAUUUGGCUCAUCGUGGCAUGUGGUUAUUGGAGAAGGUUUUGGUUUUGAGAUCACACAUGAAGUCAAGAACCUUCUGUACAUGUUCUUUGGGGGCAGUCUGGCUAUUUGUGUCUGGAAGUGUUCAUGAGGGAUCUGACACAAGAAACGUUCUCUCUACUUCUUACCUUCUACUCAGGAUGUGCUGCUUCAAAGCCUCGCUCAGGAAAGAGUCUUUGGCUGGGCUCUCUAUCAUUUGGGGUGUCAGGGAGUCUCUUCUUUACUCACUGGGAACCAGAGGGAUUUGCAAUUGAUUUGCAGGCACCUCUGACUUGAAAUUCAAAAGAAGUUGAUUGGUUUGGCUCUUGCAAUACGUAUGUAAGUAUAUUCUUCUGAGCCUCAAAAUAGUCAGUUACACCAAAUGAAGAAAAUGAACUGCUGUCAGUUUGCUUUUCCUAUGCUUUGACCCUCAGAGGCUUUUGUAACAAGUAAUAAUGUAUGCACAGGGUUUUACUGUCCUACUGGCACUGCAGCUCUGGUUUCCCAAAUACAUUCCAUGUUCACCGUCAUUUGGCACCUUCUUUUCCCACUUUGAUUUUUUUUUUAAUUAAUUCAUAAUUGCUUUCCUUGUCAGUUUGCCCUCCUGCUAUUCUCUAUAUCACACAUUCUCUUAUGUAGAAGUAAUUUUUACCUUCUCCCCCUUUAACAAGUGGACUCGGAGCCUGUCUACGGAGAAAUAUGUUUUGUUUUUCAUUUCAGUAUAUUGUUUCUUUCUUAUACACCCACAUAGGUUUGUGCAAUGAAAAAGGUGACCUGUUAUCAAGGCAAAUUCAGACUUCUAGCAUGUUAAGAAGUAAAAUCUGUAUGUCGUAUUCUCAGAAUUAGUUAGCGUGACACUAUAUGCAGAUUGGAUUCAUUGGGGGAGGUUGAUUUUAUUUGUAGUGGUGGUUGACCUGUGAGGUUCUCUUGGUGGAGAAUCUUGUUUUAAUAUUGUAUAUAUUAGCUAACAAUUCUGAGUACAAUAUUUAGGG